ACUUUAUAGUCCGGAUUGUAUCACAAUAAUACCAGUCUUCAUUAUAUAAUCGCACUAAACACAACUGUGUUUUAAAAAUAAGGAGUUAUGGAUUUGACAAAAUUUUGGAUUAUUGUGGUUUUGGUAGUGUGCUACGAACAAUCCAGCAUUGCGAACCACGUCAAUGUACUCAACAAAAACGAUCCUGGCAUAUCAAGAUCGAAAAAAUCAGUUGACACGGAAAUUUAUGUAGCACUUCCACCGGAAAACAUUAAGACUGGUAAACAAGAUAGCCCUCCAGCGUUGAUACGUUUGGAUCCAAAUUCUCCAAAUAAGUUCAAGGGCAAAUUUCCGACGCCAAUUGAACGUUUUAUACAACGCAUACAGAACUAUUUUUCCGUGUACAAUCCACCAGAAUACUUGAAUGACUUGAGACCCGGUAUUAACAAUCCAGAUAAUGACGGGUACCAGUUAGAAUCGUCGAACAACACACAGGUAGUACUACCAUGUAACGGUACGAGCACCAUAGUGAUCAUUCCUGUGCCUUUGGAAAAUGAAAAUAUUUAUACCGACCAAAAUGCAUAUUCAGAUAAACCUGAUUCUUACGUAAUGCCGACAACAUCAAAACCAAAUUAUCCAGAAGAUGUGACUACCCCAAAACCUAAUUGUGUGGAAGUUACUACUCCGAAAUCAAAAUGUCCAGAAGUUACAACUCCGAAACCAAAUUGUCCAGAGGUAACAACUCCAAAACCAAACUGUCCGGAAUUUAUCACCCCAAAACCUAAUUGUGUGGAAAUUACUACUCCUAAACCAAAAUGUCCAGAAGUUACUACUCCGAAACCGAAUUGUCCAGAAGUGACAACUCCAAAACCAAAUUGUCCGGAAGUGACCACUCCAAAACCAAAGUGUCCAGAAAUUACAACGCCAAAACCUAAUUGUCCAGAAGUGACAACUCCAAAACAAAAUUGUCCAGAAGUGACCACUCCAAAACCCAAGUGUCCAGAAAUGACAACACCAAAACUUAAUUGUCCUGAAGCGACUACUCCGAAACCCAAGUGCCCUGAAGUAACGACUCCAAAACCACCUUGCCCCCCCAAACAAAAUUUAACAACAAGUGACUCUAAACCUAUAUCAGGAUACGGACCGACUGAAGUUCCUUCCCUAAACUUAGUAGCUCAACCCGUUCUUGGCUCUACCGUUCUUUAUUUUUACAAACAACCUACAACCUCACCACCAUAUAAUCCACCAGCUUAUAAUCCACCGGCCCCUGCAUAUUACAUACCUAAUACUCAAUUACCUUACGAAGAAAACACCCGAAGACCCAAGCCACCUAUCUUACGUCUAAAACAAUUAUUAUUCCCACGCUUAUAUGCAGCUUUUCAUCCUGACGAGUGAUGACUAACUAAAUUGUAUUAUAUUCAAGACAAAAAAAAAAAUAUAUAUAAUAUUUAUAGGACUGUGUUAGUUACACAUAUGA